UGUGCAUCUUUUUUAUGUUUUUUAAUAUAUUAUAUAAGUUAGCCACAUACACAUAAUAGGUAAAGUAAAAAUAUAUAUGAGGUAACUACUAUAAAAGUUUGGCCUGUAUCAUAUUUACAUUUUUAAACUAUGACCCUUGAAGAAAAGUUGAAGACCCCUGCUAGAAAUGGCCCUGCUUGCUGUAAUAAGUGCCUUUCUUUUAAAAUAUUUAUAACAUCACAAAUCAAGCUUGACCAUCUGCACGCAACUGUACCACAAUACUAGACUACUGUUUCCCCUUUCCACUUUUCAGAUAAUCUUCUCUUUAUCGCAUUCAAUAAACAUAUUCCUUCCUGUCUGCGAUACACCCACCUCUUCUUCUGUUUCAAUGGUGAUUUAUUAGUCAUUAUUUGUCCGUCUUCUUGCCUACCUUCUUAUAAAAUAAAUAAGCCUAAAUGUAAGUCAUUCUUAUAAAUAAGCCUAAAAAAAAAACAAUUUUUGCUUUAAUUGUCAUAAAAGAAAAUUAUAUAGCAAUGCAAAAUAUUAACAGAGCCUAACUGACAGGCUUUAUGUAGACCUAUUUACUAUAAGCAAAAGUUUUUUUGUUUCAUUUAGGCAUGGCUAAGUGCAUGCUUUUAUAACAGCCUUGAUUUGAGGCCCAUCGGGCAUCAGUGGAACAGUUGAACACCUGUCGCCCCCCUCCCCAUCUACUCUAUUCAACCUUGUACAGCGCUUGCAGCUGCCAGCUGAAGGCAUUACGUUACAACCCGCGCGACCCCUCGACCUCUGUAAACAAUUCAACAGGCGCAAUGAUAAACGCUCGGUUACACUGUAAAGCCAUAUGGAUACAACUAAUACGGAUACAACAACAACAACAAUAAUAACAACAACAAAACAUCCAAGGUUGACACCCUUAUAAAUGAACUGCUAGUCCCAUUCGGUCCCGUCAGACGCCAGACACAAUAAAGGAGACCAAAUCCAGCAUCUUCACUCUGUAUUCCGCCAACAUCACUGAUGGAUCCCGUGGUCCGACUAGGCAAAAACAGCUUCGGGGAGGAAGAGGAUGGAUUUUAUGCUAUAAAGGGUGAUAGAAAGACACGAAAACCUUUAGUGGAGAAGAAGAGACGAGCGCGCAUCAAUGAAAGCCUGCAUGAGCUCAGGACACUACUGGAAGAUAACGAGCUGCAGACUAAAAUGGAGAACGCAGAGGUACUUGAACUGACAGUGAAACGAGUUGAAAACAUCUUACAGAACCGUUCACAUGAAGCUGAAACGAUGAAUCAUGAGGCCAGUGAGAGAUUUGCUGCGGGUUAUAUCCAGUGCAUGCAUGAGGUGCACACCUUUGUGUCCACAUGUCCCGGGGUCGAUGCCACCGUGGCUGCAGAGCUGCUCAAUCACCUGCUGGAGUGCAUGCCAUUAAAUGAAAAUCAUAUUCAGGAGAUGAUCAUGGAUCUCUUAUCAGAUCCUCCUAACUCAAGUGGAUCAUGGGCAGCUGGAGAGGCCCUGAGCCCAGGAGGCUGCAGUGUGUCUUCAGUAUUGUCCCCAAACCCUUCCAGUGAAGAUCUCUGCUCCGACUCGGAAGAGACGGAAAUCGAAGGGAGCCCAGCAUCGGCUGAGGAGAGCCUGAACUCCUCCAUUACACAUGGCAAGUUUAUGUGGAGGCCGUGGUAGGAACACUUGGCAAAGGACCCUCUUCAAUAUCGUCAAUAUGUGGAAACGUGGUGGAAUUCUGUUGAAAUUUCAUGAGAAAAUGGUUAGAGCUUCAGGAUUUUCACAUGCUGAUAUGGUGGGAUAUAGCAUUAUACAAUGGAUCUGAACAGAAUUCAUGCGUACAAGGACAUUUUUCUUGGAUAACUAUAUUUAUACCUGACUGUUCAAGCAUGUUUUCGAAAAGAAGUGGUAUGUCCUAAAGCUCUUUAAGAAAUCUAGUUGUUUUAGAAAUCUGGUUCUGGAUUGAUUUUCCUUUCAAAGUCAAAAAUGUAGAAGAAAUCAUGUUUGUAUUGUUGUAGAGCUAGUUAUGCACUAGAAAGGCGCAGAUAUUGUUAAGCUUAAAUCUGGUCUUCAUGACCUUUGUUUAGUAUUAAAAUCUGUUUUUGUAUUAUUUAAUGGUUUAUAAAUAAUAAAAAAUAUUCACUAAGUGUCAGUUCAAGGUUACUAAAUUAUAUUGAAUAGCCUAUAACAGGAUCCAGCUCAAGUUUUGAUGUAGACGACUCUUUGUAGAGUAAAAACUCGCAAAUAAUGGAUGGCUAAGUAAACAAGUUUAUUGGAGUUUUUUUUUACUAUAGUUUUAUAUUAUGCCAAUAAUCAAAUAAAAUUCUCCUAGGAAAAACAUGCAUUAUUUUAAACAACCAGGAAACAUUUUGCUGUGUAGGUGUGGCUUAUAUGGAAACACCUGUCAUGUUGGUCCUUUAGGUUAUAUGCCUAAACACUUUAACCAACCAAUGGGAUGCACAAGGAGGUCUUUGAGAAUACAAAGAGCAGGGUGAGGAAACAGUUAACCGUCUGCCUGCUGAGAGAACAGAUGGUAAUGAAACAGAUCCCUCGGGACCAAAAUGUUGGAUGCAGAACCAGCUGGUUUAUUUGUGAGGAAAAAGAUCAAUAUCACUUUCACCUUCAAAGUCCCCACGAUACAACUACUUAUGGUAAUUUGGGUGGACUGAAUAAGAUCGCUGAUGUAGGAUUAAUCCACAUAACAGCUAACUUUAAAUGUAUAGUUCACCCAAAAAAUGAAAAAUUCUGUCAUCAUUUACUAACCUACAUGUUGAUGUAAACCUGUAUGAGUUUCUUUAUUCUCUUAAACACAAAGA